AAUAGAUCACUUAAAGACGAAUUUACAACAAUGUACAAUCGAUUAGACGAAACUGACGAACUUUUAAAUUUAACUGUCAAAAACGGAGACCCUAAAAUGGUUCUGUACAAAGAUGGCCGCCGAUGGAAACCUCCCGGAGACAUCGUUUGGGAUGACCCGAAUGCAUAUGACCCUUUCAGUAUUAGACGCAGGCUGCUCGAAUUAAUGAAACAAGCCAUUUAUCAAACAAGAAAUAAAAUGGUUUUUAUGCAAUUAAUGAAAGAGAAGUACGACAAGAAGACUUUAUACAAGAUGGGGUUCCUCAUGAGCAAGACAGACACGACGUGCAGUAUAUUCGCCAGUUUCGCCUUCAAAGCCUACAAAAAAUGCUCCAUGUCGCGCCAGGCAGCUAUCUUCAGUUAUCCUAUUAUAGAUAAGCUGGAUGCGACCGAGAGACUGCUGAACCUGUGGUUCGACGUGGAUCUGCUCAUCGAUCUGAUCAUGGCGAACCACAAAAUGUGCACACUCAUGCUGCAAAAUGCAAACGCAACAAGAAAGGAAGCUUGGAAGUUUAUCGAUUGAUUUAACAUUUAUCAUCAUCAAAUUAGCCGAUGGACGUCCACUGCAGGACAUAGGCCUUUUGUAGAGAUCUCCAAACAUCACGACACUGAGCCACCUGCAUCCAGCGAAUCCCUGCGACUC